AGAUAGAGGGAGUUGUCGAUACAAUAUUUUUCUAGCGGGCAUGGUGUUAUGAUUUUUCGUCGGUACAUUUGCGCUGUGCAGGGAGCCCAAAGCUACGUUUCAACGGGUUCUAAAAAGGCAGUAAAAGCUACUCCAACCUCUCCUCUUCCUCGCUCUUUCUCAGUUUCUCCCCAACCAUCACCAAUUCACCAAUACCACACGCAUCCGGAACCAAAAGCGAGCACUCAAAGGAACAAAUCAAUCCCAAGCAAUCUCUCCCGCCGGAGCUUCCUUCCAUGACUAUCCAGACGCUGAAGGCGCGUAUCCUGCGCGUCCUCAGAUCGUCCCUCCCCGCGGCCCCCGCCGCCGCAUCGGCACCCCUGCCGCCGUCGCCGACCAAGUCCGGUCGCGUCGUGCUCCACUCCAUCGACGCACUAUCCGAUGACGGGUCCUUCUUCGACGCCCACGAGACCCCCACCAAGAGUAACCUCCCCGCCGAGCCCAUCGACGACGACUGGGAGCUCGUUGACCAGGACGGCUACGACCGGGAUUCCCUUGCCACGGCGCCGGCGCCGGCGUCUGAUCCCGACGGAAUUCUCCUGGAUUUCCCGGCCAGGUGCCCACCCGGCGGCAACGAAGCCGUAGUGCUCUAUACCACCACGCUCCGGGGCAUCCGCAAGACGUUCGAAGACUGUAACGACGUGCGCGCUCUGCUGGAGAACCUCGCCGUGGCGUUUCAGGAGCGCGACGUGUCCAUGGACCGGGGUCUUCGGGAGCAGCUCUGGGCCGCCACCGGCGACAAGGCCGUGCCCCCGCGACUCUUCGUCCGCGGCCACGACCUAGGGGGCGCCGCCCAGGUGCUCGCGCUCCACGAGGACGGUCGCCUUACCUCUCUCCUCCAGCUGCCGUCACAUUCGCCCCCGGAGGCGGCGGUCAGCAGCAACAAGAAGAAGGGGAAGUGUGAGGCGUGCGGGGGGCUGAGUUUCGUGGUAUGCGGUGAAUGCGGUGGCAGCCGGAAGUUGUUCGACGGCGAGCGCGGUGGUGUCCGGUGCCACGGAUGCAACGAGAACGGACUCGUCAUGUGCAAGAUUUGCAUGUACCCGAGCUGAAGUAAAGUACUAAAUUAACUAGCGGUUAAUUGCGAAUCACCUGCUUUAUUUUUACUUAAAUUACCAACCAUUGCAGUAUCGUUUUCUGUGUUGUAAAUUUAACUAUAUAUUUAACCAACAAGACCGACUGCGCAUGAAGCAAAAAUUUCAAUGAUAUAAUUUUUGCUUCGGCCGCAAUCUGUCUUAUUAGUUAAAUAUAAGAUUAAAUCUAGAUCUUUAAGAAUGUUAAAUUUAGAUCUUUAAAAAUGCGAAUGUACUACAUUAUGAAAUAUAUGGAGUACCACUUUAGGGUUUGAGUGUGUAA